AAUCUGAGCUAACUUCUGAUCGUAGACUGGACACUAUGAAACCACGUGGAUCGUAGCCAUAGCUCUUGCUUCCGUCUUCGGCCUGUUUUCCUUCGGAAUGAGCAUCAGCUCGCUCGUUUCCACCGCACGAAACUUAACGACAAUCGAAAAUCUCAAUAAAGGCCACGUCGUUUAUAGUCUCGCAGUCUUUACUGGCACCGGGCCCAUGCAACAACCCAAAGGAGAGAAAACUGUUUUCGCUCGGAACUUCACCAUUCUACAAACCGAUCCGGGCGACAAUCCAUGGGACCUUGGUGUAGUUCGCAACAUGAAGAGCAUUCUAGGCAACAGAUAUCUCGACUGGGUCCUUCCGAUCAAAUACAGUCCUUGUACAAAACACGAUCGCGCGGACGGCCACUUCGAAUUCGGGCCGGUCUUGGAGAAAGUGAAGCAAAGAGCCGGACUGAACCCGGACCAAUCCAGGCGAAGAAGCCACAGACGGCGCUCCAGCCACCGAAGCCACCGAUCGCAUCAAAGCCAUAAGAGCCACAGGAGUCGCGCAGAGAAUCCGAAUAGCAACAUCGCUGACGAGAGGCCACGCGCUCCCGGACCGGAAUGAAUGCUGUUAAUUGCGCAAGGAAUGCGACAACUUUCUGGAGUUGAGCUCUAUUCGCCGUAAGAAGC